AUGUCUACUACACCAAAGAUUGUCUUGGUUCCAGGGGCCUGGAGCACCCCGGUCUUUUACGAUGGACUACACUCUUGCCUCUCAGAAAGGGGAUUAGAAGCCAUUACCGUGCAGCACCCAUCGACAGGUGCUAAGCCCCCUACUAAAACUUUGGAGGACGACGUCGCCCAGCUACAUGGCACCCUUGAGCACCUGUGUGACUCGGGAAACGAUAUUAUUGUCGUUGCUCACUCAUACGGUGGGCUGGUAAGCUCCGGGGCAGUUGAGGGGCUCGAGAAGCCCACACGCCAGAGUCAAGGCAAGAGCGGGGGUGUGUUGAUGAUUAUUUACAUGGUCGCCUUUAUAAUACCAAAGGGUGUUAGUCUUGUCGGAGCUUCCGGCGGACAGUUGAUGCCCUGGAUAAAAGCAGAGGGAAAUUAUGCUUACAACAAAAUCGGCCCUGAAGGCGCCUUCCAUGACCUCUCACCUUCCGAACGCGAUCGGUGGACCGCGGCCCUUACGCAUACCUCCUUGCCGGUCUUUCAUGGUGCGGCCUCUCACGAGCCCUGGAAGGUCAUCUCAACUGCAUAUAUUCUUGGGGAAGAGGACCAAAUGCUCCCAGUGGGCAUUCAGGAGCAUAUGGCUGGAAUUUUAGGAACGUCACAGACCUAUCGUCUGAAGACGUCGCAUCACCCUUUCCUGAGUGCGCCCCAAGAUGUUGCAGAUAUAAUCGCGGGACUAUGCCCCAAACUGUGA